CUUCAUGAUGAAUUUAUAGUUUUCAGAUGAAUUUGUGGAUCAAAGGUAAUUUUCCCAAACCCUAAUUCAUCGAUCAAAAUUAAAAGCAUCAGAUCACAUGUGAAAAUAUCACAUUUCAUAAAUGAGCUUUUGAAAAGCAUUUUUAAAUCUCGUAAUCUCUCUCUUUCUCUCUGUCUCUCUCUCUCUUUCUUAAAAUAAAGAAAAAUGGGAAUAGUGGUUAAUUCUCAAAUAUUAGUAUUGCCAUAAUUCAGGAGGUUAAAAAAAAAAAGGUCCCACGAAAUGUGAGAUUUGAUCUGACAGAAAAUUGGAAUACGAUACCCAGCUAGAAGAGUGUAAAAGUUUCUGUGCUGCAACACGAAAACAAAUUCGAAACUUAAAGAUCGUCUGAGAGAUUUGGAACGUUUUCAGGCAGCAGCAUGUUUGGUUGCCACUGUUUUUAUUGGAGCACACUCUCCGAUUCAUCUCCUGCACAACCUCGAACUUUCUCCUUGCCCGCUUCACUUCCCAAUUGGCCUCAAGGUCAAGGAUUUGCCUCCGGAAGAAUAAAUCUUGGAGAAAUAGAAGUUGUUCAAAUUUCCAGAUUUGAGUUCAUUUGGAGCUGUGAUCUUUUGCAGGACAAGAAAAAACAGGUUACAUUUUAUAAGCCAGUGGGAAUUCCUAAUGGGUUUUAUUGCCUUGGUCACUAUUGCCAUUUCGAUAAUCGGCCGUUGAGAGGAUUUGUUCUUCUGGCUAAGGAGGUGGCUUCUUCUGUACCAGAAGCUAGUCAUUUUUCUGAUCAUGUUUACUCACCAGCUCUUGAGAAACCUGUUGAUUAUACAUUAGUUUGGAGUUCAGCUGAUGAGGAUGAGGAGAACUAUGAAGGUUGUGGCUUCUUCUGGUUUCCCAAGCCCCCUGAGGGCUAUAAAUCCGUGGGAUUUUUGGUUACCAACACUCCAAACAAACCUGACUUGGAUGAGGUUAGAUGCGUUCGAGGUGACCUGACAGGGAAAUGUGAAGCUUAUUGCCUUGUACUUGAUACCUGUCUUAAGUUCUCAAAUUUUCCAUUCCGGGUUUGGGGCACAAGACCUCAUGACCGAGGAAUGCUGGGUAAAGGUGUCUCUGUGGGGACAUUUUUUUGCAGUAGUGACUUGAACUCUGGGGAAGAGUUGAAUAUUGCAUGCCUGAAGAAUUUAGAUCCUACGCUACAUGCAAUGCCAAAUUGCGAUCAGAUUCAUGGACUCAUCAAUCAUUAUGGACCAACUCUUUUCUUUCAUCCUGAAGAAAUCUAUUUGCCAUCUUCUGUUUCAUGGUUUUUCAAAAAUGGAGCAGAGUUGUACAAAGAUGGGGAUUUGAUUGGUGAGGUCAUCGAUCCUAGUGGCUCGAAUUUACCUGGUGGUGGGACAAAUGAUAAGAAAUUUUGGAUAGACUUGCCGCAUGAUGACAGGAGACACAGCGUCAAACGUGGAAACUUGGAAACUGCAAAGGUUUAUGUUCAUGUGAAGCCUGCUCUUGGUGGGACAUUCACCGAUAUUGCCAUGUGGAUUUUUUGCCCCUUCAAUGGGCCUGGCACUCUCAAAGUUGGAAUCAUGAACAUUGCUCUCAGCAAGAUUGGUCAGCAUGUGGGUGACUGGGAACAUUUCACACUCCGUAUAAGCAACUUCACUGGAGAGUUGUGGUGUAUAUACUUCUCGCAGCACAGUGGUGGUGAAUGGGUGAAUGCAUAUGAUUUGGAAUACAUAGAGGGGAAUAAAGCCAUUGUUUACUCCACAAAAAAUGGACACGCUAGCUUUCCUCAUCCUGGCACCUACAUUCAAGGAUCAGCAAAAUUAGGAAUCGGAGUGAGAAAUGAUGCUGCUCGUAGUAAUUUAUUUGUUGAUUCAAGCACCCAUUAUGAACUUGUUGCUGCAGAGUAUCUUGGAGAUGGGGUUGUUACUGAGCCUGGCUGGCUGCAGUUUAUGAGAGAAUGGGGUCCAAAGAUCGUUUACGAUUCCAGAACAGAGCUAGAUAAAAUAAUGAAUAUUUUGCCUGUGAGACUUAGGUAUCCGUUUGAAACCAUGUUUAAUAAGCUCCCACUAGAGCUGUACGGGGAGGAAGGUCCUACUGGGCCCAAGGAGAAGAACAAUUGGGUGGGCGAUGAAAGAGGCUAGGUUGAAUCUGAAAUUCAAGCCUGUAAUGCCUGUAUUAUAGUCAUAAUCUUAUAGCGAUAUUAAAAGGUAGGAUAGAGUUGCAUUUAAAGCAAAAGUUGUUAUCAGUAUGAGGAAGGGUUGUGUGGAAUAUGCAUCAUAAUCACUGGAAAUGAUUUUACAUUGCAAACUGGAAUUAAACAAUUUUAUAUUGACAGAAUUUCUUGGGAGACAUAACAAGAGUUGUAAAAUAGCUAAGAAUGCAGAGAGACUGAGACAAUUAAUUUCUGUUGUGCAAUUUCACUUGGCCAAGAAUCUGGGUUUUGCAUUGAACUAAAACUGAUGACGAAUAAAAGACUAGUUUAGAGAAUUACAUGAGUCUCCAAGAAGAGGUCUCCCAAAAUCUUGUUCAUAUUGGUUUUUUUAAAGAUGAAUUGAUCAAGUAUUUCUGUUUUACGGGUCCAUUGGGGCCGUGAUAUAUGGGCUGCAGAUGCUUAGUCUCUACCCGGUUCUAACCAAAAGCAUUUUCGAGUCAAAUUAACUCUUUCGAGUGUUCUGACUCUCCAAACAACUUAAAUGGUGCAGCCGGUGCGGCGGAGGUACAAAGUAAUCACCUGCUAGAGUCCAUAUAGUUGAGAAAGAAGAAAAAGUAUCAAAAGUCAGAGAGAUAUGUUGGCGAGAAGGUUGAGUUCUUUAUUUAGGAGCUCCCAAUCUUCGAAGGGUUCUGGCUCCGCAAAGCCUUCGGAUGAUGAAAAAAGCAAGUCAUAUGUUUGUAAAGCCGUGUCUUUUGUCUUGAUUAUGGUUACCGGUGGUGUGGCUUUGAGCGCUCUUCACGACCUUGCUAUUUAUCAUAGCUGUAGCAGAAUUCAGGCAAGGCUUCGUAAGAUUCUGUAAUUUGCGUAUUGUGUUCUUGAAUUUUAUCUUAUUGAGCCCUUCAUUCAAAAGGUAGUUACUCGACGUUUGGCAACUUGAUUUUGUGUAAGGCUAUCUGAUUAGAAGUUAUAGUUUAUGGAACUUUCAAAAAGAGAGUUAGUGCCCAAAUCAGAUGUUUUAAAUUUAUUUGUAUAUUAAUAAAUUUUCCUUGCUUUAAUGAAACCUAAAACUUCAAACUUUGUAGAUCUUUUUCCUUUGAAAACCCAGCAAUUAGUGUUUGCAGAUAGUGUAGGAACUUUAUCAUAAAUGGUGAACCACAAGGAUGAUGUUAUUGUAUGAAUUAUGAAAUGUAGAUAUAUGCUGCAAGCCUCUUGCAAAAAUCAUUGGUUCUGACUUUAAAAGAAUAUAAUUCAACAUUUAAACCAAAGGAAUUAUUUUUCAGAUACCUAGAUGCAUACCUACCCAACAUGAUCUAAUUGAACUAGGGAACUGAUUUUACCUGAAAAAAGGAACCUCCAGCAUAGGCACCAGCCAAGUUUGUUUACAAACAGUAAUCUUAUAUAAAUCCUGUAGCUCCUCUGCUGAACUAGAACCUAUCAACUGGGACUAGUUUUGAACAAAUCAGCUGGUUUCUAACUUUAGUUAUAAUUUUCAUCUCCUAAAUUUGGGUAUCUGUGUUGGAAAGGGAGAAAGAGACCGGUUUCCUAGUACUUGAAGGUGGAGAUAGGAUGAAGUAGAGAAGUAGAAAGUGUUCUCUAGUGCUGUUCAAUAGAAACUUUUUUGAGCUAGUCAACAAAUAUUUUGUAUGUACCCAGUCUAGUUAGCAAGGGAGUAAAUAUGCUUCUUUCCUGCUAGUUCUUUGCACUAUUCCAUGUUAUAUCAAUUUAUGAACAGCAUACUGGAAAGCCAAGAAUUGCGGCAUUUUGUGUGCGUUUUGUUUGUUGAAGGUUUAUAAUGAUGAAUGCCAGUUAUUGUUGCUUUGAAAACUUCUUGGGUUUUCUGUGAUUCUUCACUUUUCUAAUUCUUAUCAAAACAAAAACUUUACUGUAUUCACAAGCAAAAACAAUUUCUUAAUCUUCUUCUAAAGGUUUUUAUAAAAUCAUUUAACUGAGAAAUUUGAAGGCUGCCAAUUAUAUUUAUCAUUUGCUUAAAAAAUUUUCAGCAAGGCCAUGGAGAAAGCGAGUAAGAAUGAGGCUAUCAUCUUCAUCUAAAUGUUUUUAUAAAAUCAUUUAACUGAGAAAUUUGAAGGCUGCCAAUUAUAUUUAUCAUUUGCCUAAAAAAUUUCACCAAGGCAAAGGAGAAAGCGAGUAAGAAUCAGGCUAUCAUUAAGUCUAUUGGAGAACCAAUAAAGAAGGGCCCAUGGUACAAUGCAUCUCUUGAAGUGACUCACAAGAGACAUUCUGUUUCUUGCACAUUUCCAGUCUCAGGUCCCCAAGGCAAUGGAGUCUUCCAGUUGAAGGCAGUCCAAAAUGGAGACAGCUGGUUUUCCUCUUUACAGCCACAGAAGUGGGAAAUUCUAAUCAUGGAUGCUCUUCUCCGCAUUCCGGAAAACGAAGGGAAGCAACAAACAAUGCGAAUCAGCAUCUCGGACAACUUGUCACCUUCAGCUUCCACCCCUCAACCACAGGAGAAACAAUGGCAACAGUAAACUGUAACAUUUGAUGCUUUUAUAGGUUUUCCUUUUCUCUUGCUAUUCUUCAUGUGGUCAUCACAAAAAAUUCUGCCACAAAAAAUUCUGCAGAAUUUUGUUUGUUUAAUAAGAAAAGUUGGCACGUCCAUUAGAUACAACAGCUAUUGUAUUUGAUAAGCUUGGAAUUACAGUUCUGGAUUUAGAGUUGGAUAUGAUCACCAAACAUGAAGCUUCAUACA